AUGGGUAUUAGCAGAGACGGAAGGCACAAGCUUCGCCUAACUGGUGGAAAAAAAAAAAUUCACAAGAAGAAGAGAAAAUAUGAAUUAGGAAGACCUCCAUCGAAUACCAAAUUGGGUAGUAAACAAGUUCAUGUUGUUAGAGGAAGAGGAAGAAAUUACAAAUAUCGUGCAAUUAAGCUAGAUUCAGGCAGUUUUUCCUGGCCAGCAUUUGGAGUAUCAAAAAUCACAAGAAUUAUUGAUGUUGUUUAUAAUGCAUCAAAUAAUGAGCUUGUUAGAACGAAAACGUUAGUUAAAAAUUGCAUUGUUUUGAUUGACUCUCACCCAUUCACAACAUGGUAUGAAAACACAUUUGGUGUAACCCUUGGAAAGAAGAAAAAGGCAAAGUCUGAAGAAGAUAAUAAAGAUGAAAACAAAGCUGAAGCUGAAGAAAAUGAAGAAAAUAAUGAAGGAAAAGAUGAAAAAUUAAAGUCAAAGUCUUCUUAUUCAGUAAUUAAGAAAAUAGGCAAAUCCAAACAAAUUGACCCAGUAUUACUUGAACAGUUUAAACAAGGAAGAGUUCUAGCAUGCAUUAGCAGCAGACCAGGGCAAUGCGGAAAGGCUGAUGGUUAUAUCAUUGAGGGUGAUGAAUUGUUAUUUUACAAGCGUAAAAUGGACAAGAAAAAGAGGAAUUAA